AUGGUAUACGCGAAUAGUCAUGAAGAGAAACCACCGGUGAAUUCUGAGAUUAUCUGUCCUGAUGGAGUGUCCGUCUGUCCAUCAACUAGCACAUGUUGUAUUUCUGUCGACGGUGAUUACUCUUGCUGUCCAAUUGAAAGUGGCGUCUGUUGUUCGGAUCAUAUCCAUUGUUGUCCUAAACAUUACAAAUGCGAUUUAAAAAUCUUCAAAUGUGAUCGUGUUUUCAACGCCAAAAUUCUUUCAAUGGAACCAUCAUUGAAUAAAGUUGAAAUUUAA